GUUUUGCCGCUCAGGAAUUUUAAUCGGCCAAAUUUCCUUAACCCUAAGACCCAACAACCUCUUUUCCUUCCAUCAUUUUGGUCCAAAUAAUAUACUCAGCGACAAAGGCAAACCGCAGCAGCAAAGGCAAACCGCAGCAGGCUUCACGCUGCGGCAAAGGGAAACCCCAGCAGCUUCACGCUGCGGCAAAGGGAAACCGCAGCAGACUCGCUCAAUCGGCCAGAGAGAUCCGAGAUUCAAUCGGCCAGAGGGAUUCAAUCUACUCCACAGCUCCACGCAUCCGCCGAACUGCCGCGCUUCCAUAAGGCUGAAGACCACAAUCGAAACUCCCAUAUCAGCCGUGGCCAAGUCCGAAACAGUGAUGAUGUGAAGGAAAACCAGGCAAGCAGCAAUAAUUUCUCAUCCGAACAAACAUUAUUAUGGGGUCCAAGAAUCGUGAGUGGAUGCAGUAAAAAAAAUGACCCAAAGUAUAAGACCGGCGUGAAACAGUUCAUAGAGUUUUCUUUUUCUCAAAAAAAAAAUGUGCAAGAUGUGGGACCUUGUCCUUGUGUAAAAUGCAAUAAUGAACUGAGGAAAAAUAGAGAGGAAGUAGAGCUGGAUUUGCUGAAAUUUGGAAUUGUGAAGAGUUAUACGACAUGGGGAAAGAACUGACUGUUUGACAACUCAUAACGAUAUUACACCUCAGUCAACUCAAUAUCCUGAAUUUACUUCAAUGUUUGAUAUGCUACAUGAUGCAUUCAAAAUGCCAAGACAAGAAUAUGCAGUUGGUGAAGAAGAUAAUGUGAGCGGAUAUGAAGACCCUCUAGAAUCUGUUGAUAAGUUUUACAAACUGAUGAGUGAUCUUGAGUUAGAGUUAUAUCCAGAUAUGGACGAGCAACAUAAUGGAAACAGUGAAGAUUCUAUUAUGGAGAAAGGAUCAUGACAUUUGGUUUUUGUGAUAGAAAAUGAGCAAAUGAAACAGUAAUAACCGCUAAUACCUUGAUGCCGGACACACCGCUGGUUCAAAGAGUUUUGCUCAAGUUGUAGAAGAUAUGUUCCAAAAUGAUCAAGUAAUGCCCGGUGUGUUGAAAGUGUAUCAGAAGACUCAUACCAGAAGUGAUAAAACUCUGGUGACAAAUGUUGCUAAAGAAACUAUGGAGUAAGUUGGUAAUAUCAGGACUCAGGAGUAAGAUUUUCUGGUGUAUAUGAAGAUGGAAGCUCAACAUAUUUAUCUCUGCAACUAUAGGCUUCACCUUCGGUCUUUACAUCAUCUUAUUUAAUUAUGUACAUGUACAUGUUGGUUUAUGUCCCAGCUUAGUCUGUAAUGUACCAGCCAUCUGUGCUAAUUUUUUCUUUCUUUCGUACAUGAAUCAUCAUAUGUCCUUGGUCAAGGCAUUACUUUUGUACUAGGAAAGAUAAAAAAAAAUGACUUAUUUUUAGGAAGUAUUUGACUGCUUUCUUUUAGUUUAAUGUUAACCCCACCCUGUGCUUUAGAGACACUUGUUUGCCUCUAUCUUUGCCUAGUUUUUUAUCCUAUGAACUAUUGUUGUGUUGCCUUCUUGGUAUCAACUUUUCAUGUAAAAUAAAAAGUGAGUGUUCAAUAAAAAAAGUGUGGCAGAUUUUACAUAGUUGUAGAUUUUACAUAGUUGCAGGUUUUUUAUAAGGUUAAUUAUAAACUUUUAGUAUAGAUUGUAUAUCCUACUGGUAGUAGUAAAUGCAGAUUUUUUAUAAGGUUAAUUAUAUCGAUUGCAAGUACAGCUUGUUUCUCAAAUUCUUUGACCUAUAUUAAUUGCAUAUAUUGUAUAAUUGAGUGUAGUUAAGAAUAAAUAAGCUUGUAGAGCAGCGUGAACAAGGAGAAAUCAGCAUGACAAAUGAAGACAUUUAUGCAAAACUUAAACCCAAAGGUAAAAAUGGCCGUGAUCGUGGAAAGGGAGUAAGUCCGUCCAUUACUUCCUUGUUUGGGUGGUUUAGUGAAGGAGAGAAAUUUCGCAAAGAGGCUGAAGACGCAAAGAAGGAAGCUAAUGAGGCUAAAAAAGAAGCUUACGAAGCUAAUGCAAAAAAUAAAAUGCUCACUAAGGAGGUGAAAAAUUUCAAAAAAGAAGUAAGAAUUAUGAAGGGUGUUAUCAGAAAGUUUUUCAACCUUAUGGGAGGCGAUUUUAAAGUUAUUUUUGAAUGAGGUUGAAAAGGAGCAUAAAAAAGUCCAUGAUGAUGACAAUAGUGAUGAUGAUGAUGAUGGUGGCGGCGGCGAUGAUGAUGCUAAUGAUGAGGAAUGAACUUUCUUAAGCAUUUAUUCUAGCCCGUAGGCAUACUUUGUCCCAUCUUAAUGUUUUUAGUAGUUGCUAAAUUAACUCUGGCUAGUUAGUUUUUUCUUAAGUUGUGGAGGUGCAGAUGAGUUUGAAUAAACUAUGUACCGGUGCAGUUACUUUUUAAGUAAUUAGUUUAAGCUAAAUUUUGUCUUUCUAUAUUAUUC